UCUUCAAAGGCCAACAACUCCUCUCUAUCAACUUAUUUUAUACUUAUAAUAUAAAAUUUUCACCUCACUCUCUUCCACUUUGUCUCCUUCCUUUCUCCCUUACAGCCAAUCCCCUCAAUACCCCAUUUUUCUGGUUCCUUUUUCAAGCCAUUUUACAGGCACUUCCCAGUUGGGAGAAGGGGAAAAUGGCACAGCUUUUAGCACCCUCAACUCAAUGGCAAAUGACACUACCAAAGACCUCAACCUAUGGAAGUCCCAUUGCAACAAAAAUGUGGAGUUCUCUGGUACUGAAACAGAACAAGAAAGGAGCUGCUAAAAGCUCUGGCAAGUUUAAAGUGGUUGCCUUGUCUGAAAACAGCACUGUCAACAGGCUAGAGAACUUACUAAACAUGGACGUCACUCCAUACACCGACAAGAUCAUUGCUGAAUACGUUUGGAUAGGAGGCAGUGGACUCGAUAUGCGUAGCAAGUCCAGGACAAUAUCAAAGCCAGUUAAACAUCCCUCUGAGCUUCCCAAGUGGAACUAUGAUGGAUCAAGUACUGGACAAGCACCCGGUGAAGAUAGUGAAGUUAUCUUAUACCCUCAAGCAAUCUUUAAGGACCCUUUCCGAGGAGGUAACAAUAUCUUGGUAAUUUGUGAUGCAUACACACCAGCUGGUGAGCCUAUUCCCACAAACAAGCGCCACCGAGCCGCUGAGAUUUUCAGUAACAAGAAGGUGGUCGAUGAAGUACCAUGGUUUGGUAUUGAGCAAGAGUACACUUUACUUCAACAAAAUGUGAAAUGGCCUUUGGGAUGGCCUGUUGGAGGCUACCCUGGUCCUCAGGGUCCUUAUUACUGUGCAGCUGGUGCUGACAAGUCAUUCGGGCGUGACAUCUCAGAUGCUCAUUACAAGGCUUGCUUGUAUGCCGGCAUUAACAUUAGUGGUACCAACGGGGAGGUUAUGCCAGGCCAGUGGGAGUAUCAAGUUGGUCCGAGUGUUGGUAUCGAAGCUGGAGAUCAUAUCUGGUGUUCUAGAUACAUUCUCGAGAGAAUCACUGAACAAGCCGGUGUUGUACUCUCCCUCGAUCCUAAACCAAUAGAGGGUGACUGGAAUGGUGCUGGAUGCCACACCAAUUACAGUACUAAGAGCAUGAGGGAAGAUGGAGGCUUCGAAGUUAUAAAGAAAGCAAUCCUGAAUUUGUCGCUUCGCCACAAGGAGCAUAUCAGUGCCUAUGGUGAAGGAAACGAAAGAAGACUGACCGGAAAGCAUGAAACGGCCAGCAUCAACACGUUUUCAUGGGGAGUGGCUAAUCGCGGUUGCUCAAUCCGAGUCGGGCGUGACACUGAGAAGAAUGGAAAAGGUUACUUGGAGGAUCGGCGUCCGGCAUCAAACAUGGACCCGUAUGUUGUGACAGCAUUGCUGGCAGAAACUACACUAUUGUAUGAGCCAACACUUGAAGCUGAAGCACUUGCUGCUCAAAAGAUUGCUUUGAAUGUCUAAAUUAAAGCAGUUUAGCUUUAUUCAUAGAGAUGGUUUUCUAUUUUAUUUUCAAUUAGGCUGGGUUUUAGGGAAAAUCUGGCCUAAAAUAAGUAUUGGCUUGUUGAAUGGUUCUCAAAUGGAUUGUAUUGUAAAUUCAAAUCAAUGGUGUUAUCACUUCUAUCUUUUGUUAUUGGAUAUUCACCUUGUUUUUGUGUUC